AAAGAGCGUGUGUUUAAAUAUAAAAUUGGCAUUAAGGAAAGCCUACAUGUUUUGAACAUGUUUCUGACUGGUUUUUCGUGCGCGAUACUUGUCUUUACACUGAAAGUUAUGUUCAUAGGUUAUCGUCCACGAUUUGCGCUUAUACUGCACUGCGUAAUACGCGUACUCAAGAGUGUAACAACAAAUUUAAAUAGUAAAAACUUAAACUAGUAGUUAACAGUUCCGUAAUAAAUAUAAUUAUAAUAAUAAAAAGUUAUUUUAGUUACUGGUUUGGUGCGUUUUGUGAUUAACGAUUUACGGUUAACGAAUUUUUCUUCUAUUUUUCUAUUUCGACAACAUGACUGACUCAAGAUAUCUAUCAAAGGAAUUUAUUACAGAAUUUUUAGAAAAAUACCGCGAGUUUCCAUGCUUGUGGAAAAUCAAAUCGAAGGAUUAUACAAAUAAAAACUUAAAAAAUAGAGCCUACGACGAGUUACUAACAGUGUGUAAAACAAUAAACCCAGCAGCCAAUCGGGAUUUUGUUGUUAAAAAAAUCCAAAGUUUUAGAGGAUCUUUUCGAAAAGAAUUGAAAAAAGUUGAAGAUUCUAAACGAAGUGGAAGAUCAGCAGACGAUAUUCAUGUCCCAACCUUGUGGUAUUACCAUUUGCUGGAAUUCACGGUUGAUCAAGAACUUCCCACUGAUAGUGUCAGCAAUUUUAAUAAUAUCGGAGUUGACGAUUUAGAUAUUACAUAUGGUGAUACUACAGAUGAGGUAAGACAAAAAUAUGUUUUAUAUUUAAUUAUUUUAUAAUAUUGUAAUUAUAUUUAUAUAAUAUUAUACUAGCAACAACCUUAUUCAUUUUACUAUUGUAUUCUUUAGUAAAUAAAUAUAUAUAUUAAAUAUGUCAUAUACUCAUUUAUGUAUAUAUAUAAAACCAG